AUGGAUCCUAACGUUGCUAGUGUAGUUCUCACGGACGUUACACCAGUUUUACUUGAAAAAAGUCAAGCACUUGUUAAAGUUAAAAAAAGCAAAAAACGGCUACAAAAGUCUCUUGAAGUUAUUCGUAGCGAACUAGCUUGUUGCUUUGAAACUAAUAAACGAAGGAGAACUAAGCUAGUCGACGAGGACCUGAGUGCACACAAUCUACUUAUGAGGGAAUUUAUUUUCUUAAAUCCGAAGGCCAAUCCUAUGUUGGCGGAAAGAGUGCGACGAAAUUUGAAGGCUAAUCGAAAGCUUCUGAAGUUGGAGCGUUCCCAACCUGUCCCGGAUGAAAAGAAGAUUGCACAACUUAUAAAAGACAUUGAAAAUGCUGAAAACGAAUUAGAUCCGUUCUCGAUUCUGGCUAAGCAAGCCAGUCUCGGCGAAGUCCACGAAACGCCCGCUGUUCAGGAGUAUGUGGUCGGGCAGUUAAGUUUGGUGGAUGGAGAGAUUAGCGGCGGUACCACGGUUGUUGCCCAGUCGCACGAACCUUGCCCUCCAGUAACCACAGUGGCCCGCCGUCACGUAACAUACUCCACCUACAGCAAAAGGGAGCCUUCUGAGAGAUGGUCACUGGAGGAUACUCAGUUAUUUUACGAAGCACUCAGUCAGUGCGGAACAGACUUCUCUAUGAUGCACCGCCUUUUUCCUAAAAGGACGCGAAAGCAGCUUAAAAAUAAGUUUAAGUAUGAGCAGCACCGGAAUAAAGCCCUGGUGGACGAGGCACUAAGUCGCAGGCUCCCGCUGGAUAUCAGCCAGUAUAUUCCACAGCCUAUCGAAGAUUUAGACUUACUUGCUGUUGACUUUCCGCCAGUUUCGUCUGUCGUUAUAGAUUCUUGAAUAGAAAAUUCAUAUUCUCUUCAGUGUUGUAAUACUCUCGUAAGCUCCUGA